AUGGAGGAGAAGAAGAAAGACGGAGACCCGGAGAUUCAGGAACACGGACCCGAACAUUGGUUCUCAAAAUGGGAGCGGCAGUGUUUGGCCGAAGCCGAGCAAAGGGAGUCGAACGAGGAGGAGGCCGAUAACGACCAGGAUAAAUUGUGGCAUCUCUUCCAGAAUUCCGCCACUGCUGUGGCUCAGCUCUACAAAGGUCCGACACAAGACCAGAACUAGUUACCUAACUUACGUUAGUCGGCUGCCACCCCUGCGCCUUGUUUCUUAGCUUGCUAUGUUAGUCAGUCACUGUUGGUGGCGGUGGGAACUAGCUAAUGUUAGCUACCUAGCUAGUAGCUAACUAGCUAGUUUACCAGCUCAGCUGAUCAGCUGGUUAGCUAGCUACUGUUGCGUUGCCACUGUUUACCAUCUAAGUCAAGACAACCCGUAAUUAUAGAUAGUUUGCUGGUUUUUUGUGUUAGAAAAACAGAUGAUCUAAAUGUAUCUUUAUGAAAAUAAAUGAUUGCUUAAAAAAACGUUACAGUAGUUUGCUUUGGCUGUUGUUCGCCAACGUUUACCUCUUAGCUACUACCGUUAGCUAACGAUAACUGCCAACCAACAUAACCAGCCAACAAACUUUUGGUAGAUAAGUUAGUUGAAUAGCUAACUAACGUUAAUCCAGUCUUUAAACUAAUAUGGUUUAUAGUGUUAGUAAGUUAACCAUCUGGUUAGAGAAACUGCGAUUCCGACAAUGUCAGUGAACAAGUAGCUAACGUUAAACGCUGUUGAGUGCAUGUAUUAGAGAAACAAAAUGGCGAUGGAAACAACAAUCAUCGCUACGCGACAUUACCCUGUGACAGAUUGCAUCUUUCAGUGUUGCCUUUUUGUUAGGUCUGUGGGCUAAUAUUACUUUCCAUAGAUAUACAUUAAAGUUAUAUAAUACAUUUCGUUGCAGUUUUGGUUUAAGUCUACAAUCAACGAAUAGUCUACAAUCAACGAAUAGCCCGAGUUGUUUUAUCAAUGCAUACUGAAAAUUUAACAAAAUGGCGAAGAUUUACUAUAUUGGCAUUGGGGUUAUUGAGAAUUCUUACCUGCUACUGUAAUACUUCUCAUAGAUAUACUGAACUAUCGUAACAAUUAUUUAUUUAGCUACCAAGGUAGCAAUUGUUUCUAAUUUACGACUGCAGCGUUCCUGCUGAAAGGGCAAUUUAGUUGGUGCGUUAUGCACUCGUGCUUCUAAACUGUCGAGUUGGCCAUCUAGCGCUGGCUGACAGUUAUUUAUAUUCCAAAGCCCGCCUGCAACCCUAGAUGCAAGACAAAAUGGCGAAUGAAAGUAUCCUGUAAUCAAGAAGCUUUCAGUCUCAGAUGUGUUGCCAUAUUACCAUAUAACGUGCCUUGUAUCAUGUACUACUAAAGUGUACUACAAAAGUGGGAAUACUGUUUGAAUUGGGGCCUAACUUGCUAUUUAUGUAAUCUGUUGUCAACCAGGCUAUCUAUUCCAACAAACCUGUAAUGUUUUUGGUGGUGUGUGUUGUCUCGACAGACCGAGUAUGUCACCAACAGGGGGGGCUUUCUUUGUGGGUGCCGUUUCAAAACGCUGCCACAGCCGUAACCAACUUGUACAAAGGUAGGUGUCAGGGAUACUCAAAGUGUUUUCAGUUUCUUCUGUCUUCUCACCUGCUUUCACGACAAUAUAAGAUCGGACAGUAUAGGAUCAUCAUAACAGUCCAUAGGCAUUUUCUUUAUCAUUCUGCUGUAGUCUAAACGUGUAUUGGUUUGCACAGUAGCUGUCAAGGUACUUGGCCUAUCCACAGGGGGUAGGGUACUUGAGAAGACUCAUUAGAGGAUAGUCCCGACAGAGCAAAAUGUACAGUAACCAAAAAAGGUUGAGAACCAAAGGCUCAUCAUAAAAGUCCAAAGGAUUUCCUUUGUCAUUCUGCUGUAAACGGGACAUGUAUUGAUUAGUAGAUCAAUAGAAACUUGUAAACAAUCAUGGGCCUCUUCUAGUCACAUGAAUAUUGACAAUCUCACAGUUUACAGCCGUCCUCUCCAGUUCUGGUCCUGGAGUGCACAGCAGGGUUUGACUCUCCAACCCUAGCCUCCAUUCUGCCUUCUCCCUACAGUUUUCAGCCGUCAGCUUCGCCAACGACUGGCUCAUGUGAACUACAAUCCCGACACUGUUUUUAAGGUUCAGAAAUGUCAAUCAUCAUUGCUUGGGUACGGCUUUCAGAAACAUAUGGCCCUUUUCAUCAGCGAGGGGAAAAAAAAUAAACACUUACUGUAGCAGUUACAGAUCCACACAGCUAUGGGUGCCUCAUCAAACUAAAGUACACUACCACUUCCCGAGUUACGCUUACACACAGGUGUUCGGAGCACAUAGCUAAUUAGCACAGGUGAUUGCCCUUGUUUUCCCUUAACAAGCGCUGUAACAGAGAUGUGGCCGUGUGGGAACACUAAACCUAUAAAGGUGUGUAUCAAUUUAACCUUUUUGUUUUUUGAAAAUUAUUUCUUGCUGAUUUGAAAGAAGGUACUUAUGUUUCCAAAACCUUACCGCAAUUGAUGCGUGUUAAUGUUCAGGUUGGUUGGGGGGGGGGGGGGGGCUAUAGUUCUGUAGUAAACUGUCAGCUAUUAGUCACACGUUUCACUCAGGCUACACAAAGGAACCUUCAACCAAGUCACCAUCACACGUUUCUCUCUCUCUCUCUCUCUUUCUCACACACACACACUUUCUCUCUCACACGUACUCACUCACUGUCAGACGUACACACCUUCCUUCCUCUCUUUCUGCCCCCAGAGUCUGUGGAGGCUCACCAGCGUAGCUACGACCUGGGUUUACAGAUCAGCCACCAGCGUCGCAACAAGGAUGUGCUGGCCUGGGUGAAGAAAAGGAGGAGAACCAUCCGGCGGGAGGACCUCAUCAGCUUCCUGUGUGGCCGGGCCCCACCCCACCGGAGCUCCAGAGCCACCCUCACCCCAGGACACAGACUGACCAUGGUUUCCCCUAACCGGCCUCCCCCGGCCCCAGAGACUGACUCCUCUGUGGAGGCUGACCUCCAGCCCUUCAGAGAGGCCAUCGCACUGCAUGGUAAAUACACAGAUAUACAGUGGGUUCCAAAAUUGACAACCUUGAUAAAGGUGAGAAAGAAUGACUGUAUAAAAUCAACAAUUUGAAUGCUGAGCUAUAUUAUAUGGUUUAAGAAAUUGGGAAAUUUAUAUAAUUUUAUUCUAAUACAAUUGUGCAGAGAUUUUAUUCAACAAGUAAUUGUUUUCUCUCAGGGGUCAAAAUUAUUGACACCCCUGUUUUCUAUACCUUUCAAUACCUCGCCUUGAGAGGAUAACGAAACUGAGCCUUUUCCUGAGAUGUUUUAUGAGUUGGGGUACACAUUGGGAGGGAUCUUAGACCAUUCCUCCAUACAUAAUCCUUCCAGACAAUGCAAAUAGUCCGGGUAGCCAUGAUUAGCUGUUCAGGAGUCUUAUGGCUUGGGGGUAGAAGCUGUUUCUAACAGCUAAUCAUGGCUACCCGGACUAUUGGACCUAGACUGUUGGACCUAGACAUGGCGCUCCGGUACCGCUUGCCGUGCGGUAGCAGAGAGAACAGUCUAUGACUUGGGUGGAGUCUUUGACAAUAUUUAGGGCCUUCCUCUGACACCGCCUGGUAUAGAGGUCCUGGAUGGCAGGAAGCUUGGCCCCAGUGAUGUACUGGGCCGUACGCACUACCCUCUGUAGUGCCUUGGGGUCGGAGGCCAAGCAGUUGCCAUACCAAGCGUUGACGCAGCCAGUGAAGAUGCUCUCAAUGGUGCACCUGUAGAAGAUUUGAGGGCCCAUGCCAAAUCUUUUCAGCCUCUUAAGGGACCAUCAUCGUGUUGUCGGCAAACUUAAUGAUUGCUUUGGAGUCGUGCCAGGCAACGCAGUCGUGGGUGAACAGGGAGUACAGGAGGGGACUAAGCACGCACCCCUAAGGGGCCUCCGUGUUGAGGGUCAGCGUGGCAGAUUAUGUUGGCUACCCUUACCACCUGGGGACGGCCCAGCAGGAAGUCCAGGAUCCCGUUGCAGAGGGAGGUGUUUAGUCCCAGGGCCCUUAGCUUAGUGAUGAGCUUGGAGGGCACUAUGGUGUUGAACGCUGAGCUGUAGUCAAUGAACGGCAUUCUCACAUAGGUGUUCCUCUUGUAUAGGUGGGAAAGAACAGUGUGGAGUGCAGUAGAGAUUGUGUCAUCUGUGGAUCUGUUGGGGCGGUAUGUGAAUUGGAGUUGGUCCAGGGUGUCUGGGAUGAUGGUAUUGAUGUUAGCCAUAACCAGCCUUUCAAAGCAUUUCUUAGCAACAGAUGGGAGUGCUACAGGGCGAUAGUCACCUGGCACCAUCCCUACGGUGAAGCAUGGGGGUGGCAGCAUCAUGCUGUGGGGAUGUUUUUCAGCGGCAGGGACUGGGAGACUAGUCAGGAUCGAGGGAAAGAUGAAUGGAGCAAAGUUCAGCGAGAUCUUUGAUAACCUGCUCCAGAGCGCUCAGGACCUCAGACUAGGGCGACGGUUUACCUUCCAACAGGACAAUGACCUUAAGCACACAGCCAAGACAACGCAGGAGUGGCUUUGGGACAAGUCUCAAUGUCCUUGAGUGGCCCAGCCAGAGCCUGGACUUGAACCCAAUCAAACAUCUCUGGAGAGACCUGAAAAUAGCUGUGCAGCGACACUCCCCAUCCAACCUGACAGAGCUUGAGAGGAUCUGCAGCGAAUAAUGGGAGAAACUCCCCAAAUACAGGUGUGCCAAGCUUGUAGCUUCAUACUCGAGGCUGUAAUCGCUGCCAAAGGUGCUUCAACAAAGUACUGAGUGAAGGGUCUGAAUACUUAUGUAAAUGUCAUUUUUCAGUUUUAUUGUUUUUAAUACAUUUACCAACAUUUCUAAUAACCUGUUUUUGCUUUGUCAUUAUGGGGUAUUGUGUGAAGAUUGAUGAGGGGAAAAAACAACAUUUAAUCCAUUGUAGAAUAAGGCUGUAAUGUAACAAAAUGUGGAAAAAGUCAAGGGGUCUGAAUACUUUCCGAAUGCACUGUAGAUACACACCUGUCCUCUGGCAGAGCAGCUCUGCAAAAUAGGCGUGUGUAUGUUUGCGUUUUUCUUUGUGUGUGUGUGAGGGCCUCUGAGCUUUGUUAGUGGACCACAUUUUGGUGAAAACCAUACUUCCCAAAUGCCACGAUGCUGGUGUCAUCACAGCCCUACUUUUGACCAGACCCCUACGAACCCUGCUCAAAAGGAUCAGCAUUCGUCAUUCGUGUCCUAAAUUGCACCGUAUUCCCUCCAUCAGGGUGGGGGCCAAAACAAAUCUGAACUCGUCAUGAGGGGCCGCAGUUUCUCGCGGGUCUGCAUACCCACAUCCAUACCCCCUCACACACACACUGUGAGCAAAACAGUUUUUAGUGGCCCCGCUCUUUACAGCAGAGAGAAUGUUUACGCUUUAGAGUUCAUUUCGUGCAAUUCUAUACUUUGCCCAUGGGGGUGUAGAAAAAAUGUUGCAGUUUUAAAGCAAGUUUACUGCAGUUCUACACAUUUUGCCAAGGGGUUUUCAUAAUAUAUCUUGAGUAAUUCGACCAUGAUAAGUUUAGGUAGCUGGCCGCAAAACUAGCUUAGCAAUCAAAAAAAAAAAAAAUUUAGCUGACAUGGUCUAAUUGACAAUCAGUGACUUACAUAACAAGAGAAAAAUGGUGGCUGCAUAAUCAGGUUUUGAAAUUGCACGUUGUGUAUUCUACUAUUCUAUGUUGAGAUCCUUCAUUUGUUGUUGAUCCGAGGGCCUUCAUGUUGCCGGAGGGCCGCCUGUUGCCCAUCCCUGCCCUACAUGGUUCACUACUUUUGACUAGAGCCCUAUGGAUCCUGCUCUAAAGUAGUGCACUAUAUAGGGAAUAGGAUGCCGUUUGGGGGAUGCCCCAUGGCCUAAAUGAGUCUGGGGGGGAGACGACUUGUCUUCUGAUUGACCUUGUGGUGAUCUUUUCCUUUCCUCCUCCCCCUCUCCAAUCUGUCCCCUCCUCCUCCUCUCCAAUCUGUCCCCUCCUCAGGUCUAAGUGGGGCUAUGGCCAGCAUCAGUGUCCGUUCCGGUACCCCAGGCUCUCCUACCCACGUGGGGGGUGCUGCUGGCGGUGGGGGUGGGUCGACCCCGGUGGGGCGUCGGCGUAACGGCCUUAACGAUGUGGACCUGAACACUUUCAUCGCCGACGAAAUGGCCCUGCACCUGGACGCUAACCCCAGGAAACGCAGCUCCGCCCAGUGCAAUGAUGUCAUAACAGACUCCCCCACCCAUAAACGCAACCGGAUGAUCUGA